UGUGCUGAAAUAUGUGCAUAUGUUACCACCACCGCCUGGAGAAAUAUAAACAAUGAAGAAUUUUCAAUUCGGUGUCCAUGUAUCCUUUCGGGAAAAAUUGCACACAGAAAUUAUCUAGUUGUUUUUUCUAAUAAAAGUGCGCAGCAAACACUAUUUUGAAGGAAUGAUUUGCAAGUGUAAAGUCCAUGACAAGUGACACAAGAAAAUUAUGGGUAAAGAAGUGUCCGCUGCCGUAAAAUACGCAACCAUGCCAGUUUAUGACGCCUUGUGUGAACGCCUAACAAAGGUGGGCCAGGAGCAUUUGAUUAAGUUCUGGGAAGAGUUGACAAUCGAUCAGCAGGAGGUUUUGGUGCGCGAUAUUGAAGAACUCAACCUCAACGAAUUGAAGCUAUAUUUUGACCGCGCCACUGAGUCAUUGCAAGAGAAUGGCAUUAAACUGGACGAUCGCAUGCAACCAAUACCAGAGUCGAAGUUGGUCAGCAUUGAGCGAACAGCGGAAGAGCGUCUCAAGGCUUACGAAGAAGAGGGAAUGCGGCAGAUCAGCGCUGGACAUGUAGCUGUCUUGCUGAUGGCUGGUGGACAAGGCACCCGUUUGGGUUUCGCGCAUCCUAAGGGCAUGUACGACGUGGGUCUGCCAUCGAAAAAGUCUCUCUUUCGCCUGCAAGCCGAGCGCAUACAAAAACUAGAGGAGUUGGCUUUUACCGCCACUGGACGUCGCGGUAUCAUUACAUGGUACAUCAUGACUUCCGAGCAUACAGUGCAACCAACAUACGAGUACUUCAUGGCCAACAACUUUUUUGGUUUGAAAAAAGAGAACAUCAUACUUUUCGAACAGGGUUCACUGCCCUGCUUCGAUUUUGAUGGUCGCAUUAUAUUGGAUGAAAAGCAUCGUGUAGCACGCGCACCAGACGGCAACGGUGGACUGUAUCGAGCGCUGAAGCAACAGGGCAUUUUGGAUGACAUUCAAAAACGCGGCAUAUUAUAUUUGCAUGCGCACAGCGUCGAUAAUAUAUUGAUAAAGGUGGCCGAUCCGGUUUUUAUCGGCUAUUGUGUGCAGGAGAAUGCCGAUUGUGCGGCCAAGGUGGUUGAGAAAUCACACCCGAACGAGGCAGUUGGUGUGGUGGCUAUUGUGGAUGACAAGUACCAGGUGGUGGAGUAUAGCGAAAUUUCUGCGAAGACCGCAGAGAUGCGCAAUCCUGACGGCCGGUUAACCUUCAGUGCUGGCAAUAUUUGCAACCACUUUUUCACGGCUGCCUUUUUACACAAAAUCGGUGAGACAUACGAGAAGGAACUGAAAUUGCAUGUUGCCAAGAAGAAAAUACCAUUUGUGGAUAAUUCAGGCAAGCGCAUAACUCCCGAAAAGCCAAAUGGUAUAAAAAUUGAAAAAUUCGUUUUUGACGUUUUUGAGUUUGCACAGAAAUUUGUGGCUAUGGAAGUGCCACGUUACGCUGAAUUUAGUGCGCUCAAGAACGCCGACAGCUCCGGCAAGGAUUGCCCAUCGACGGCGCGCGCAGAUUUGGCACGUUUGCAUAGGCGGUACAUUGAAGCUGCGGGUGGCAUUGUCCACGGCGACGAAUGCGAGAUUUCACCUUUCGUCAGUUAUGGCGGUGAAAACUUGGCACCGCUGGUGGCUGGCAAAUCGUUCACCAGUCCGGUAUACUUGCGUAGCAAUCGCGAUCCCUACCAUGGACACCUAUGACUUGCUGCGGCAAUACGUUGAAUAUCAUUUGUUGACUGAUGACAACUGCGUAGAGUUGUAGUUGCAGUAGAUGUUAAAUUUGUCAGAUUUUGUUAUGGUUUCUAAGAUAUAUAAAAAAAAAAUUAUAAAA